GGAGUAACAGCGUUUGAUCAGAGACAGAUGAUAAAGACACGAAAUAAACAGCACAUAGUACUCACACUCCAGAUCCAGAAUUGUAUUUCUUCAGUGACUAUUCAGUAAAAUACAUGUGGGAAUGGCCCUUGGGAUGUCCGGCUUCCCCCUUGUCCCAUUCUUCAUGUUUGGGAUCUGCUGUGCAGGGGCGUCGCAGGAGACAUGCCAGGGGAACGUUGGGAAUAGAGAUGUAUAUGCUCCAUUUGGAAGCUGGUUUCCGUUAAACUGCACUCACAACUGCUCUCUAGCUGGAUGGGAAUCACGAAUAAGAAAGAGGAAUGAAUCUAAAGGACCUGGCUGGGUUUCUGUCCAAGUUGAAGUUGGAACUGGAGCAAUAGUUGAUGGCUGGAGAGCAUCAAACAUAAACUGCGUUGUUCUAUCAGACGGAAACUCUGUUGAUAACAUUGUCAAAGUAAUCCCAUAUGAGAUUCCCCGUUUGGUGACAGCAGACAUGGAGGACAAUCUGGAAGAAGGGAAAUCAUACAAUGUCACUUGUACUGUACAUGGAGUUGCACCUAUUCAGAACCUCAUGGUCACAGUUUUGAGAGGGGAAGAAGUGAUUCACCAGAAAACAUUUGAGGAUGACUCUCGAGUUGGCAACAUUACACAAGUAGUCACAUAUCCAAUCACAGCUCAGAGAAGUGACAACAUGAAGAAUUACUCCUGCCAGGCCACCCUUGCACUGGGAACAGUCAUUGGGAAAGUUACAGUAAAGUCAUCCAGUGUCAAUGUUAGGACAUUCGGACUACCAAAAGCACCAAAAACUAAGACUAGUCGAUGGAUAGAGAUUGGAACUGAGCUCAUUUGUGAAGUCUUCAAUGCUUUCCCCCCUGAUGAUGUGACAGUGACAAUGCUCUUCAACAAUAUAUCCCUUAAUGUGAAUAAAAGCAAGAAGGUUGAUGGCACAGUGAUAGGACUCGCUACGAUACCUCCCGGGUAUUUCCCUUCCGCUAACUCUUAUCAACUUCAUUGCAAAGCUGAACUUCUGGGUCUGUCUACUGAAGAAACUAUGGAUAUUUACAUCUAUGAGUCUGCAAAAAUCAAUCUCACUCUCCUUAAUACUGAAGUGCUUUUGGGUGGAACCAUAAGAGUCUCCUGCGUGCUAACCAAUGAUCAUCCAGAUCAAUACAGUAUAGUCAUUAGUUUAAAUGGGGAACACGUCUGUGAAAACCCAAAGUGGGACUGUAAUGCGACUAUUAAGGAAACAUCCUCAAUGGCAAAUGUUACCUGUAAAGCUUUCCUUAAAAUGAAUCAGACCAUCACCUAUACGACUCAGCAAUCUAUCACUGUCAAUGGUAAAAAGACAUGGGCCUACAUAUAUAUUAAGGCUAGUGUAUUUAUUGGAUUGACAGUAGCAGCAUUCGUAGGGACAGCUGGGAUAGUCGUAUAUCUGUGCAAAAGGAAAGGAUAAAAGGCUUCCUACAGAAUAACAAACCAGCAGGACCCUCUAAUGGAGAACAGACUCAACAACCAGUUGAAAACCAUAAAGGGAAUCAAUUUAGAAUGAUGUACAGUCAUUUAUUUUUGUAGUAAGGAAAGGGAAUUCAGCAUGUAACCCUAUGAAGAGAGCAUCGGCCCUGGGGAAUGUUCUUACCGGGAGAGAAACAGGAGACAAUUAUCCCUGGGCUUCAUUUUCUACCGCGCAAGAACUAAGAAGUUGUGAACAUGGAGAAGCUUCAAUCUUCCUGUUUUCCCUGUGUAGCUCCAGCAAUAACAAAAACCAUUGAUAUGUCUUAUUAAUACACCAGGCAAAAAGUAUGUUCAGCCCAAACCCUAUUCACAGGGGCAAUAGCUUCCUAUAUCUUUUAUUUCAUAUAUAUGUAUAAUAUUCAUGGGGUGCCAUUAUUACCCAGUGCCCCCAAUUGUAUAGAAUUUGCUAAUGAAUAUCAUGAUCCCAUUACCCAAUCAUGUUGGAAAUAUAACUGACAGUGUUUAUCAGCAUUCUGGUUGACAAUGAGUUCUACUACAUAUAUGAGACCUGUUAUCCAGAAUGCUCGAGAUCUGGGGUUUUCCAGAUAAGGGAUCUUUCUGUAAUUUGCGUAUCUUACAUCUACUAUAAAUAUUAAAUAAACCCAAUAGGCUGGUUUUGUCUCCAAUAAGGAUUAAUUAUAUCUUAGUUGGGAUCAAGUACAAGCUACUGUUUUAUUAUUACAGAGAAAAAGGAAAUCAUUUUUAAAAAUUUUGGAUUAUAUGGGAGUCUAUGGGAGAGGGCUUCCCCGUAAUUUGGAGCUUUCUGG